AUGCCUCGCUUGCUGCUUCAGUCUUACAGGUCACAGAUGGUGGGGUUUCUUGAAGAGUUUGACCACUACUCUUCCUUGGCCAAACUCUUGUCAAUCUACCAAGCAACCAACAGGACCACCUUCAACUGGACAGACAGCCGCAUUGUUGAGUGGGAGAAAUUUGCUGAGCUGGCUAAAUACGAGCCAGAAUCCCAGAAACCAGUAGUGAAAGCUCUUCUAAUCGUGGCGUACUCGGUCAUUAUCAUCAUGUCUCUCUUUGGGAACAUGCUGGUGUGCCACGUGGUGCUGAAGAACAAGAGGAUGCACUCAGCCACCAGCCUUUUCAUCGUCAACCUGGCAGUGUCUGACAUUAUGAUCACGCUGCUCAACACGCCGUUUACCCUGGUUCGGUUUGUGCACAGCACAUGGAUCUUUGGAAAGGCCAUGUGCCACAUCAGCCGCUUCGUGCAGUACUGCUCCCUCCACGUCUCCACGCUGACCCUGACGGCCAUCGCCCUGGACAGGCACCAGGUCAUCCUGAACCCGCUGAAGCAGAGGAUGUCACUAACGAAGGGAGUGCUGAGCAUCUCUGUUAUCUGGCUGAUGGCAACCUGUUUCUCCCUGCCCCAUGCCAUCUAUCAAAAGCUUUUCCAGUAUAACUACAGGGAAGCCACUGUCCGGAGUUUGUGCCUUCCCGAUUUUCCUGAGCCCGCAGAGCUGGUCUGGAAGUAUCUGGACCUGUCUACCUUUCUCCUUCUUUACCUCCUGCCUCUGCUAAUCAUCACUGUCACCUACACGCGCCUGGCCAAGAAGCUGUGGCUCCGCAACGCCAUUGGAGACGUCACCACGCAGCAGUAUAUCACUCACCACAAGAACAAGAAGAAGAGCAUCAAGAUGCUGAUGCUGGUGGUGGUGGUCUUUGCUGUCUGCUGGUUCCCUCUCAACUGCUACGUGGUGCUCAUCUCCAGUCUAGGUAUCAAGGCAAAGAACUCCCUCUAUUUCGCCCUGCACUGGUUCGCCAUGAGCAGCACCUGCUACAACCCUUUCAUCUACUGCUGGUUGAACGAGAGCUUCCGCUCGGAGCUCAAGUCCCUGCUCUGCAUGUGCCAGAAGGUGCCUGAGACGCAGGACAACGCGCUGCCGCCUGUGGUCACGUCCUGCCGCGAGGCGUGGAUGGAGCAGGCCAGGUGCAGGAAGGGACCUGCCUCGCAGACCAUUUGCUCCACCGCAAACAUCCAGACGGCCGACACAGACCUGAAGGACUUGGACAUCCAGGUUGACUCCAUGCAUACGGAGUUUCACCAGGUUGUUUUCCCCCCCUUCCUUUCUUUCUUUAAAUGGCUUCAUAAUUGUUUUCUGGAGGAAUCAAAGACCUCAUUCCAAAGACAUGGCAGCCGCAGCGCGGUUUCCUCCCUGCAGCCCAACGCUGCGACAGCCCCGAGGCCGGAGGAGCGGGCGGGAGCGUGGGGUGGGAGAAGAGUCCCCGGGGAAGCCCGUGCCAUCCGGAGAGCCCUCGUCCUCUCUCUUCAGGCUGGUGACUCGAAGCUGUCCCUGGCAGGCAAAGCCCCAGGAGGCAAGACCCCGAGG